UGUGGAAACACCGGUUGACAACCAUCACUUUUGCGUUGGUAACCGUUCGAGCAGUACCAUCGUUUCGUUGGCAGCACACACCAACCUUCAACAUGGCUUCAUCAGGGAGGAAAGGAAAGAAAUCAAAGGGUAAAACUGUGCCCUUAAAUGAUUUUCUCCAGGACACUCCUGGCCCCACAGCCAUAAUACCUGUAAGGAGUAGCUCGAACUGGGCUGACGAAGUUGAAGAUUCAUAUGAUUCCUAUGAAUCGAGGUCGUCCUCUAAGCAUACAAAUGUCGUUUUACCAACGGCACCGAAGGCUGCACGAGGAUUGGAGGAUAUCGGCGAUAAAAUCCCGACGAGUCCGCCUUUUAUGGCAUACCUCUCCAAUCUACCCUAUGAUGUCGAAGAAGACGAAAUUGCAGAUUUUUUCUGCGACUUGAAGAUCUCGAAUAUGCGAAUUCCGAAGGAGGUGAGACCUGAGGAAGGAACCAGAGUUAAAGGGUUUGGAUAUGUGGAGUUUGAAGACCAAGAGAGCUUGGUUGAAGCCCUGUCAAAGACCGUUUGUACAUUGAAGGGUAGACGAAUAAGGAUUGAGGUGGCCACGAGUUCCGAUACUGAUAGGCGUCGCGGAGGGCGUAUGGAUAUGAAUCGCGAUCGUCCUGAGAGGCCGGAGGUCUCUAUGGGCGAUUGGAGAUCAAACAGCGGCAGAAAAGAGCCUGAACCGGAAAGGCGUAGUUACCGCGAUGGCGGUGGCGGUGGCUUCAAUAGGUCGGAGAAUCAAGGCGGUGGCGGCGGCUUUAAUAGAUCGGAAAAUCAAGGAGGCGGUGGCUUCAAUAGAUCGGAGAAUCAAGGCAGUAGUGCUUGGAGGGAUGGAAACGAUCGUCCUAGUUACAGGGAUAGCGCCCCGAUUACAAGAGAUGGCGGUUACAGAGAAAGCGCCCCGAUGACCAGAGAGGGCGGAUCUUACAGAGAUAAUGGUCCAAGAGAAGGCGGAUCAUACAGAGAUAAUGGCCCAAGGGAUGGUGGGUCUUACAGAGAUAACGGUUCCAGGGAUGGUGGAUCCGGUCGCGGAUUUGGUCCGAGGAGGUACGAUGAUCGCAAUGAAAGGCGGGAUGAUGAUAGGCCGUCAGACCGUGAGUCGCGCAUUCGACCAAAAUUGAAUUUGGCUCCAAGAACUAAGCCAAUUGAGAAUCCGUUGCCGCCGCCUCCAGAAAAGGAGCAGGAACCGGAACCGGUGCCAAGACCAGCUCCAGUUCCGGCCGCUUCCAUCUUCGGAAGCGCUAAACCAGUGGACACCAGCGCCAGAGAAAGGCAGAUCGAGGAACGUUUAGCUAAACAGGUCGGCGAUGGACAAGAGAAAGAUGAUAGGAGGCGUGAUGAUUACAGGGGGAGAAGAUCUCCGGAUGGUGGUAGGAGAUACUCUCCGGAUCGCAGGCGCGAUUCUUCAAGAGGCUCACCUGAUCGCAACCGAGGAGGGCAACGCAAAGAUGACCGAAGGGCUCCACCGCCGAGAUCAGACAAAUCAGAGAAGAAACCAGCAAGAUCUGGUGAAUACACUGAAAAGGAUAUGCCAAAGUUGAAGACGCCGGAGCCGGUGAACAUUGUCGCUAAAAACCAGUAUUCGUAUUUGUCCGAAGGAUCGGAAGAAUCUGAAGAUUGAGGAGUAUUGAAUAGCAUUUUUUUUACAUGUGCAGUUUCAUCUCUCGUCGCUGGAUGGUCAGGGACUGCACAUUAACAACUAUCACAUAAUACAAAUUAUAUACAUAUUUAUAUAUGUAAAUGAUUGGAUAACAUUUUUUGGGGAAGGAAAACGGUAAUUAUUAAUUAUUGAAGGAUUAUAUAAAUAUUUAAGCGCAAGGCAGUGCCAACGUGGAUCGACCGCGCUACUCUAUCGAUUAUUUUGUAAGAUUUUGUUUCUUUAAAGGAUUAUUAUAUGCGUGCAGUGCAUAUCUAGUCCAGUAUAAUUUAUAUAUAUAUAUAUAAUUUAUAUGUAUAUACAUUUUACAUAAUACGUUUAUCCUGUCCCCUCCCACUUCAAGUUGUAUGUGUUUGUAUUCUUAAGACUAGUUUUUUAAUUAUUAUAUCGAUUUUGACAUUAGUUAGAUUAAUUAUAUUGGACUAGCUUCGGACUUCUUGUUUCUGAGGACAUCUUCUAUUAAUAUUGUUCUACAGCUGCAUUUUCUUCUAUUAUUUCCGAGGAAACGCUGAAAAGGAUCGAUCGAUUAUUACAUAUUUUUUUUUCCUAAAUAUUUCGAUUUACGUAGGUUUAAGAUUUAGCUAUAAAAAUAUUUCAU